AUACUUCAAAGCUCAAAAUCAGCUAUGAUACCUCUUCAAAUUCAACGAGUCUUGGCUUUGAAAGCCAUGACUAGACCACCAGUUAGGUCAAUCUCCAACCUUGUCCCCAAUAUUAUAUCUGGGAAGGAAGUUGCUUCUGCAAAAUUACAAAUCCCCGUACUUUCCCCCAAUGCUCCGUAUGAAACCUUGCACCAUUAUACCAGUUUCCCAGUCUCACCAGAGCUGAUUUCAGAAUUGUCAUCCAUUGUUCAAUCAGGGUUCAAAACAUGGUCUAACACUAGCGAAACUGAACGGAUAAAGAUUUUUACGAGGGCCAUUGAAUUACUUCAACAACGUCGCCAUGAACUUAUCGAGUCACAAUUAGAAAUUGGAAUGCCCAUGUGGUUUGCUGGGUUCAACGUUGAUGGGUUCAUUGGUCAAGUUCAAGAAUACAUCAAUAUGCUCGGUAAUUCCUCGAGCACCUCGAUUAUCCCCUCAGCGGAAACUGAUUUGGCCAUGGCAGUCAGAUCCCCCAUUGGGCCCGUCCUUUCAAUUUCUCCUUGGAAUGCCCCAGUCCUUCUUGCUGGACGUAGUAUUAUGGCUCCAUUAGCUGCUGGAUGUUCUGUGAUUGUUAAACCUGCCGAGAAAUCACCAAAGUGUGCAUAUUUAUUAGUUAAAUGUUUCCUUGAUGCUGGAGUUCCUGGCAAUGUCCUUCAGUUGGUCAAUGUCAAACCUCAAGAGAAUGCUGUUUUUAUUGAUAAGUUGUUGGGUACUGGCGUUAUUAGAAAGUUAAACUUCACUGGUUCCACUCUUGUGGGGAAGAGCAUCGCUGCCACUGCUGGAUCUCAUUUAGUUCCAUGUUUGUUGGAACUCGGAGGUAAGAAUGCUAGUAUUGUUUGUCCAGAUGCUGAUAUUGAUCAAGCUGUGGGGAAAAUCACCUGGAGUGGUUGGUCACAUAAAGGACAAAUCUGUAUGAGUACUGAUGUUGCUUAUAUUCAUGAGUCUGUAUAUGACGAAUUUAAGAGCAAAUUGGUCACUGUUGCCCGUGAGAUCGCUCAAGACCCAGAUUAUUUGAUUCCUCAGCGUGAUCUCGUAGGCACAACAAAAGUGGUUAAUUUAAUUGAAGAUGCAUUAAACAAAGGAGCAUCACUUACAUUUGGUGAAUUCUCCAAGCAAGAAAUUGAAUCUUCUGGUAUUAUUAAGCCAAUUAUUUUGGAAAAUGUUAUUAAGGGAAUGGAAUUGUACGAUCAAGAACUGUUUGGUCCCGUUUUCCUGAUUGAAAAAUACUCUAAUAUUAACCAAGUAAUUGAUAAAAUUAACCAUAGCCCAUAUGGAUUGAAAUCAGCCAUUUGGUCAAGAAAUGUAUUUGAAGCAAUUAAGUUAGCCAAGCAAAUUGAAACCGGUGGUGUUCAUAUUAACAAUUCUACAGUUCAUGAUGAGCCAACUGUUCCUCAUGGUGGUUUGAAAUCAAGUGGUAUUGGAAGAUUUAAUUCUCGCUGGGGUAUUGACGAUUUUACUGUAGUUAAAUCUAUCACUGUGAACCAAUAGAGCAUGAUAUAUAUAUAUACGAAUAGAAUGAUAUUUUUGUU